GAGAGAGAGAGAGAGAGAGAGAGAGAGUUUUGACACACCCCUCCACAUCAAUACAGCUAAGAGCCUUAGCCUUAGCCUAACCGGACCUUGGCGUCCAUGGACCAUAUUCUUCAGUUCCCACACCGGAACGUCUGAUUUAGGGCCCACAUAAACCUCAACUGGAACGUGCUCCAAUCCGUUUGCCGGUGACUCCGCACACCACGUGUCUAAGAGUUAGAGUUCCUUUAUUGAUCAAAUCGAACUCCGCUUUAUAAGCACUUGUCUUCUCCUCCACCUUCGUUUCAUCUCUCAUUACUCGAAUUUGCAGCCACAAUUGACGUCUCUAGAAAGAACGCAAAACGCCGAGACCCAAUUCUCCAAACCCUAAGCCAGGGAGUUACACAACACGAGAACACCAUUUUCCGGUCGAAAUUUCGCCGGAAAAUACACCGGAAGAUUGUUGGAAAUUAUAUAGUCUCUGAUGCUUCCCUUAUCGGAAUCUCAGCAGCACGUACAGUCUCAGUUCCUGAAAAACCCCAAAGCUCCAGACUCUCCCGAUCGAAAGAAACCAGUUCUGUAUUCGAUCCACGUCUACAUCUCCACCCACCAAACCAAGGCAUGGCUGAUCUUCAGCAUUCUCUUACUUCAGCUUCUUAUCCUUCUCAUAGCUCGUUCUCUUCCCGUAUCUGUCUCUCUCCGCCAUUUCUCCCCUCCGAGCAAUUCCGUCCGCAACAGCUCCACCGAAGAACAAUGCAUCUCCGGGAAGGUUUAUGUCUACGAUCUCCCACCAAUGUUCAACAGAGAGCUCUCCGACAACUGUCAAGACUUGGAUCCUUGGAAAUCUCGCUGCGACGCGCUCUCCAACGGCGGUUUCGGACAGAGAGCUACGGGGCUUGAAGGAAUCGUGCCGAAGAAUCUGAUAUCUACGUGGUACUGGACUGAUCAGUUUGCUUCGGAGAUAAUUUUCCACAAUCGCAUUUUGGGGCACCAUUGUCGAACCCUGGACCCCAAUUCUGCCACUGCCUUCUACCUUCCUUUCUACGCGGGUCUCGCCGUCGGCAAGUAUCUCUGGUCCAAUUACAGCGCUCACGAACGUGAUUACCAUUGCCAGAUGCUGCUCAAUUGGGUAAAGGAGCAGCCGUUCUGGAAUCGUUCCAAUGGCUGGGAUCACUUCAUGAUGAUGGGUCGCAUCACCUGGGAUUUCCGGAGGUCUAAAGACGAAGAUUGGGGUUCGAAAUGCCUCUACCUGCCGGAGAUGAGGAAUAUCACGCGACUCCUCAUCGAGCGGAGCCCUUGGGAUUACUUCGACGUCGGUGUCCCUUACCCAACCAGUUUCCACCCCCGAACUGAAUUGGAUGUUCGGCAAUGGCAGGAAUUCGUAAGAUCACGCAACCGCAAAACCCUCUUCUGCUUCGCCGGUGCGGCGCGUAAGACGAUCAAGAACGACUUCCGGGGGAUCCUGUUACAACAAUGUCGCAACGAGUCAGAAUCAUGCCGAACCUUGGACUGUGCCGGGGAACGUUGCUCCAACGGCACCUCUGCGAUUCUGGACAUGUUUCUGACCUCGGAUUUCUGCUUGCAGCCGAGAGGAGAUAGCUUUACCAGACGAUCCAUAUUCGAUUGUAUGGUGGCUGGUUCGAUCCCAGUCUUCUUCUGGAAGAGAUCAGCUUACUAUCAGUACGAGUGGUUCUUGCCCGGAGAUCCGGGGAGUUACUCAGUAUUUAUAGACCGUAACGAGGUGAAGAAUGGGACUUCCAUAGGAAGGGUUCUUGAGCGAUUUAACAAAGAAGAAGUAAGCAGAAUGAGAGAGACGAUCAUCAAUUACAUACCUAAAUUCGUGUAUUCUGAACCGAAUGAGGGUUUGGUUGGUAUUAAGGAUGCGUUCGAUGUUGCCAUUGAUGGAGUCUUGAGAAGAUUCAGUGAGCAUUGGAAGUAUAAGUGGUAAUAAUCGAUUAUGGAAAGGAAUGGUUCCUCAAGAUACUGAACAAAUAUAGAAUUACCAAUGGGAUUUCGGGUAUAGAUAGAAAGAGUGAUAGAUUGAUUUGUUUAGAGAGAAGAGGAGGAGUUGAGAUCUCUAGGAUCUCUUCUGCAAAAUUGGUUUUUAUCUAUUUAUUGGAGAUGAUUUUUUUUUUUUUCAAUUUUUCAUUUUUGUACAUAAACAUAAGAAUGUGGAAGCAAUUUGAUUAUUGCAGAGAAGAUCUUCUUUCUAUUCCUUUAAAAUGAUUGUUGAAAAUAAUUUAGCAAGUGAAGUUUGGUUGGAUCUGAUUGUCUA